CGAAGCCUUUUUAAAGUCAAACAACUUGGGAUCUUGCCCGAAAACGUAAUAAGCAUUAAAGUUAAUUAAAUAAAGCAUAAUCAACAGAUUAAAGAGACAGCCACGCCAUCGUACAUCUCCUCCUCAAUGCCCUCUGGGAUCGGCUCUAGAAACACAAUUCUCUUCAACAUCUUUGCUUAUUUCAUCAUCUCUACUCUCCUCUUUUGAGCUUUUUUUUCAUGGGCAAGGACAAGAGCAGGGCUGCCCCCUCCGGGAAAUCAAACUCCAAAUCCCGGGCACCUACGACAUCCACCGAGGAACGCCUCUACUAUGGCGACGGAUCGUACCUCUGGUUCGAUUCCGAGGAGGAGCGCACCCGCUUUCUCACUUUCUUCUCUCAACGGGUCGUGGCUCCUCCACGGAUCAUCCCGGAGCGCUACCCGGAGCUGCAGGGCUACGACGACCUCGACGCGCAGCUUCAUCAAGCCGGCCUUUGGCCAUUCGUCUCCCAGGCUCGGAAGGAGAUCAACCCGGCGCUAAUUCGGGUCUUCUACUCCAACCUCCGGCGUGAGGGCGAUGUGCUCUACUCUCUUGUCAAGAGCACGCUGAUAGAGCUUUCCGUUGAGCAGCUUGGGCGCAUCGCUGGCCUCCUCUACCAAGGCGACGACCUCAUCCGCCAUGCCUCAGGCCGCCCCACCAUCCACUCCGCUAACCCUGAAGGCCGUCUCAUUCUCUACAUCGUGUCCCGGAUCAUCAAACCCCAUAAGCACAGCCACACAAUCAUGUCCGGUGAGGACCUCAAGCUCAUCCAUGCGAUCAUGCACUCGGCCCCAAUCAAUUGGGCAAAGUUUGUCAUGAUCAACAUGACGAUUGCCGCGUCCACCGACCACGAUCACCUCCUCCCGUACCCGUUCGUGGUGAUGGACAUCCUUGAACGGUUCAAGGUGACCACCACCAUUGGCCCACUCACGAAGGCCACGAAGCAUUGGACGAUCAACACCCAAACCUUCACCAAGCGGUCGGACAACGCCGCGCCCGCCACUGCUGCGCCACGCCGCACUGCCACUGGCCCAGCCGAACCCCAGGCCCGGGCCAACCUUGCCUCCAUCGCCGACUCCCUCAACCGGCUUCACUUCAAAGUUGACGGGAUGGAUGCCUACCUUGAGUGGCUAGACGUGGCUGUCCAACGCCAAAGGUACGCCAUGAAAGCGUACUUCCAACGCGUCAACUAUGUCCCCCCACCGUACCAAGGCACGUUCCUUGGGCAAGUGUACGGUGAAGAAGACGAAGAGGAUGGCUCCUACGCCCCGUCAAGCUCCCCGGACGAGGACGAGUUCGAUGACGCCGUUGAUGGUGAUGAGAUGGACGUCGACAACGACGAGGAGGAAACCGAAGACGAAGACUAGGACGCCCCUAGAAUUUCUCUCUCUUUUAUUUUAAUUAUCAUGUUUCUUAAUGCUUCCAUUGUACUCUGCUAUUUCCCAUCUUUAAUAAAUAAAAGUUAUCUUU